UACAUGUCAACAACUAAGUUUAGUAAUAAAGUUAUGUAAAAUUUUACAUAUCUAUUAAAAAAUAUUAAUUUUAACACUUCAAAAAUGGCUCAACCAUCGGUCGCAGCAUUUUUCAACACGCGCAAACGUGCAGCAGUUGAGCAAAUAGGACGCAAUUCUAAAGUUUUACUUUUAAAUGAAAAUGAAACUUCAAGUGAUACACUAAAAAACUUCAAUAAUAACGAUACAAAUUUGAAGAUAACAUUUCAAACAAUUUCUGAACCUGAUUUUGCAUUAAAACGAAGCAAAGUAACAACAAGACUAAAAUUUGAUACAGCAGAAACAAUGGUAUCACCAAAAGUUUUCAAAAAAAGUACUCCAGCAGUGACACGUUCAAGAAAAACAUCCACGGAUACAAAACAGCAUGAUAUUACAAAAUUAUUUCAAAAAAUGGAAAAUAAAAAAGAGUUAUCCAAAACUGAAAUCAAAGAAGAAACCGAUCCUUUAGAAAAUGUACCAACGGGACAAUACCCUUCGACGCCAACCAAAAAGCAAUCAACACUUGAACAAAUUAAUUCAAAUACAGAUAAUUUAUCUUUGACUGAAAUUAAAUCGAAAUUAACUCGUAGCUCAAGAUUAGCAGAGUUAAAAGCUUCUCUUGCCAAAAUUAAUAAAUCAGCAGCAAAAUUAGAAGAAAUUCAAAAUAAAACUUCUAAAUUAGAAUCGGGACGUGCAACAUUAAAAAGUUUCGAUCAAAUCGACCUGCAAAUACCUGCAAGCCCUAGGAAACUUCCCAGUACACCGCAGAAACAAUAUUUGAGCCCUUCAAAAUCCGUUACAGCGUCUCCAACAAAAUCUAUAUUGGGUUUGACAUCACCAACCAAACAAUCAAGCCCCAGCAAAUUGGCUGCGUAUCAACGAUAUGCACAUUUAGCAUCUCCUGGAAAAUCUACACUCACUUUACCAUUCAAAUAUAGAUGUUUAGCUGAAAUUUUCCGCUGUUUAGAUUCUGUUUGUGCAAUGUUUUUAAAUCGUGGCGAAGUAAUAACAUUCAGAAAAAUAAAACCUGCUGUACAAGAAUUGCUUCGAAAGAAUUUCAAUGAAAUUCAUCUUGAACAAAUAAAAAAUGUUUAUCCAGAAUCGUUUACAUUCAGUCAAGAAAAAAUUCGUAAUUUCGGUUCAACUUCCAAACAAGAUAAAUAUCAAUUAGUUAUUGUUCCUAUAAUUGAAGCGAACGGACAAAAUCGAAUGAAUUCAUCAGUUUUACUUGAACGCCGAAGAAAAUUAUUCAACUUACUUAUUGAAAAAGUAAAAGAUUAUCAUCAAGAAUUUUUAUCAUCAUUAGAAAAACCGAUGGAAAUACCCAGAGAUAAGAUAGUUCGUUGGCAUCCGGAAUUCGAUAUUGAAAAAAUACCUGAAAUUGAACGUACUCCAUUACCUCAAGCACCAAAUGUAGAGACUGUUUCAUCAGCCAAAGAUGUUUUAUCCAAAGCACGUAAUUUAUUUAGUUGUAAUUCUAGGAUGGAAAAAGCUUUACAAAAACUUAGUGAUAUGCAAGAUCAAAAAGAAAAAUCGACUGAAAUCAAAACAGAAAAUGAAGAGACCAAAACUGAUAGUAUAUUAAAAGGUGUUCCUAAAAGUUUAGUAGAAAAAAUACGUGCACGUCAAGCUGCAAAAGCUCUGGAAGCAAUGACACGAACACCUGCCAAAGAUAAAGAGGCUAGUAAAUAUGCACAAUUGCCAGAUCUUGCAAAAUAUACUCGAAAUAUUUUUAUUGCUGAGAAAAAAUCGGUGUUGCCUAUUGAAAGUGUUAUUAAUAAAUUAAAUAACAGUUUUAAGACAAGCUUCACUCCAUCAGAAAUAGAAGGUUUGUUGAAAUUGUUAUGUGAAUUGUUACCUGGUUGGAUUGUGUUUCAUGAAAUAAGAAAGGCUGUUUUUAUUAAGUUAUCGAAGGAUACCGAUAUGACAAAAGUAUUAUAUAAACUGGAAAAAGUAGCAAAAGAUAAAGCGGGCGACUGAUGACGAUUUUAUUUUUAUAUUUAAGGUUUUCAAUUUUUAAACUAUAUUUUAAUUAUUUAAUUUUUAAUUCGCACGACAAAAAAACAGAAAUUAUGAAGUUUGUGUUUUUUUAAAAUUUUAUUUUAAGGCUGUUACACAUUUUUGAUUGGGGUGAAAUCAUUCUUUAUAACUUUUUUAAGAAUCAUCAUAAAUACGAAAAGCGGUUUUCCUGAUUAGGAUGGUUAAAGUCACAAUUAAAUUCCAAGCAAUUUUCCCAAUUUUCAUUGUUUACACUCAAGUACUUUUUCUUAUUCCACUAUACCUGGAUGG